AUGGAACUGAUAGAAGGAAACUACAGCUUGGUGACUGAAUUUAUUCUACUGGGAUUUCCAACUCGCCCUGAGCUGCAGAUCAUCCUAUUCCUUGUGUUUCUGAUGUUGUAUGGAAUGAUUCUAAUGGGGAACAUUGGCUUGAUGACUUUAAUCAGGAUAGAUCCCCUUCUUCAGACACCCAUGUAUUUUUUUCUUAGCAAUCUAUCCUUUGUAGAUCUUUGCUAUUCCUCAGUCAUUGUUCCCAAAAUGCUGAUCAAUUUCCUGGCAGAGAAUAAAUCUAUUUCUUACUAUGGGUGUGCUCUGCAGUUCUAUUUUUUCUGCACUUUUGCGGAUACAGAGUCGUUUAUCUUGGCUGCUAUGGCAUAUGAUCGCUAUGUUGCUAUCUGUAACCCUUUGUUGUAUACAGUUGUGAUGUCCCGGGGCAUCUGUGUAUGGCUCAUCGUCUUGUCGUACAUUGGUGGCAACAUGAGUUCCCUGGUUCACACAUCCUUUGCCUUUAUUCUGAAAUACUGUGACCAAAAUGUGAUUAAUCACUUUUUCUGUGACCUCCCUCCUCUGCUCAAGCUCUCCUGUACAGACACCUCAGUUAAUGAGUGGCUCCUCUCCACAUACGGAAGCUCUGUGGAAAUCAUCUGCUUCAUCAUCAUCAUUAUCUCUUACUAUUUUAUUCUUCUCUCGGUAUUAAGGAUUCGCUCUUCCACUGGGAGGAAGAAAACCUUCUCCACCUGUGCCUCUCACCUCACUUCAGUCGCCAUCUACCAGGGGACUCUGCUCUUUAUUUACUCACGGCCUAGCUCCCUGUAUUCUCCCAACACUGAUAAAAUCAUCUCCGUGUUCUACACCAUUGUCAUCCCAGUGCUUAAUCCAUUGAUUUAUAGUUUGAGAAACAAAGAUGUAAAAGAUGCAGCAAAGAAAGUAUUAAGAUCAAAGGCAGAUUCCUCAUGA